GACAAGGGGAUCCCUUAUCUUCUUAUCUUUUUAUUCUAAUUGCAGAAGGGCUCAGUGCUAUGUUUAGGAGAAAGGUACAUGAGGGGUCGAUACAAGGCAUACGUGUGACCCAAAAGGCCCCCUCAGUGUCACACCUUUUUUUGUGUGAUGACAACUUUCUAUUUUGCAGGGCUAUUGAGACGGUUGCAUCGCCAUAAAAGAUGCCCUAAAUGCUUAUUCUAAGGCACCGGACCAGCUAGUGAAUUUCGAUAAAUCCAAUGUGCGUAUUAGCGCAAAUGUUGCCUGGGAUGACAUGGAUUAUUUGAGUACUAUUUUUGGAGUCAGAGGAAAGGGGUGGUUGGAAGUAUUUAGGCAUACUGUCUAUGGUGGGUUGGAAUAAAAAAGAAAAUUUUGGAUAUAUCAAGGAAAAAUGGUGCAUAGAAUUCAAAGCUGGAAUAACAAGUUUCUAUCAAAGGCAGGAUGUGAUGUGCUAUUCAAAAUAGUUAUUCAAGCCAUGCCACAGUAUAUGAACGUGUUUCUAUUGCCAGCUGAUUUAUGCAAUGAUAUCGAGAGAACUAUGAAUGCUUUUUGGUGGAGAGGUCAUGCUUUUAAAGUAAAGGGCAUUAGGUGGAAGACCCGGGGAGAUCUCUGUUCACCCAAAUCCAAGGGUGGAAUAGGGUUCCGGAAGCUGAGGGAGUUCAACAUAGCUAUGUUUGGUAAACAAGUCUGGCGUAUGCUGAGAAACCCAAACUCUUUGGUGGUAGGCAACAUUCUUCGCGUCACGUAGUUUGCCAAUGGAAAUAUUCUUGAUGCCAAAUGCGGGAACAAUCCAUCUCUUAUUUGGAGAAGCAUCUCGACGACAAUUCCCACAAUUAAAGAGGGGCUUAUCCGCCGCAUAGGAACGGAAACUCCAUGAAAGUUUGGAAGGAUAAGCGGCUUAUCUCUCUAGAGGGGGGAUGGUCAGCGAAGGAUGCUAUUGCAGGGUUGGAGGAUGUCCAUGUGAUCUCACUCAUGACAUCAGAGGGAGAUAGGUGGGACGACGUCAUCCUAAACGACCUUUGUUGUGAGGAGGAUAGGGAUUUGAUUCGGAGUAUGCCAUUGCGGGAUCCAAGUGGCGAUGAUGUUUUGAUUUAAGCAGAUGAUCCUAGAGGCAUUUAUUCUGUUAGAAGCUACUAUCGAAGGCUAACACGAGGAGAGCUUGAGUUACUGCCCAAGAUAAAAGUAUUUUUUAGGAAGGCUUGCACGGACUGUCUACCCAGUAAGCAGCGCCUUUUACAACAGCGUAUACCGGUUUGGCUACAGUGUUCGAUCUGCAGGUUAAACGAGGAGAGCUCUUUGCACUUGCUUAGGGACUGUACAGUAGUUGUAGAUGUUUAGCACAAAAGGGGAUGGUUUCAAUGAGGAAUGGCAGCGACUACUUUUGGGGAAUGGGUUGCGGGUAUGUGUAUCAGUUUAUCUAAAGAAGAGCUAUGUGUUUUUGUUGUAUCCUGCUGGAGCCUUUGGAAAGGCGGAAACGAUAAGACCUGGAGAAAUCUUAGCUCAAAUGGAAGUGGAGUAAUAGCAUGUGGCGAAGCUGUACAGUCUGGAUGGAGGAAUGGACCAGAGACAACAUUUUUUGAGGGUACACGGUCGACAAAGCAAUUGAAGUGGGAGCGACCGGAGUAAGGUUUUGUCAAAGUCAAUGUUGACGCUGCCCUUCAAACAAACGGCGACGGCCAAUGUAUUGGACUAGUCGUUAGGGACAAUAGGGGAGAGUUCAUUUCAGCUAGAAGCGUAGAACUAAGAGGAAGAUUCUUACCGGGUACUACGGAGGCUUUGGCGAUUGAAGAAGCGGUCAAUUGGUCUGCUUCCUUUGGAUGGCAAAAGGUAAUUGUAGGAUCCGAUGCUCAUUUUUUUUUCCUAAGGAGUGAUCUUGACAAAGAAAUCUGGAACUACUUUGAAAAUAUUUUAAAAUUCCGCCCCCUCAUGAAGGUAACCUUACUGAUUUUAUGGUGCGCUGGUAUAAGGACUUUUAAGGCCCAUAGCAGGAUCUUAAUUUCGUUCUUCCGAAUAUAAUUAUUUGGCAUCCUUGGAAAAUAUGAAAUACUUUUUUUCAUGAAGAUAUAAAAGGCCAUGUUCCUGAGGCAAUCAAAGCUAUUAAAAAUGAUAGAUCUCUUUGCUUAUAUGGUGCCGUUCGGACGACUGUUCUGGUAUGGAACAAUCGCAGCCGCUACAUGCUGCCCCCUCCUAGUACUGUCCUUUGCCGACUCAUAUAAGUCAUAUUGGCUUAGUUUCAAACUUUUUAUUUUUGUAUGUAAUUUUGUAAUUUAUUGAAUUUUAUCAAAUUUGUUGAAGAUUAGUAUUUCUAUGAAUUGGUUGAAUUAGUAUUGAUACAUAUGUUUGGAUGAACUUAAUGAGUAUUUUUUUUUCAAAUUAUUGUGUGUAUAUUGAAUUAAUAAAA